AUGGCUAUCGGAAAGAACAAGCGUGUGUCAAAGGGCGGCCGGAAGGGUGGCAAGAAGAAGGUGGUGGAUGCCUUUGCUAAGAAGGAGCAUUACCUGGUGAAGGCGCCUGCUUACUUCAAAACGGCCAAUAUUGGCAACACCUUGUGCUCUCGGUCGCAGGGUUUGAAGAAGGCGGAGGACAACCUUAAGGGUCGUGUGUUCGACGUCAACAUGGCCGACUUGCAGAAGGACGAGGGCCAGGGCCACCGAAAGAUUAAGUUGAUCUGCGAGGACGUGCAAGGCCGCAACUGUUUGACUGACUUCCAUGGUAUGGACAUCACUCGCGACUACUACUGCUUCAUCGUGCGCAAAUGGCAUACUCUCAUCCAAGCGCACGUGGACGUCAAAACUCUCGAUGGCUACCAGCUCCGUAUGUUCGCCAUCGGCAUGACUCGUCGCUCAGCCGGUCAGAAGAAGGUUACUUCUUACGCCCAGAGCUCCCAGGUCCGUGCCAUCCGUCAGAACAUGGUGAAGAUCAUGCAGGAAGAAGCAUCUCAAUGCAACCUUCGCGAACUUGUCCGCAAGCUCAUUCCUGAGGCCGUCGGCAAACAGAUCGAAAAGGCCUGCAAGCAUAUCUACCCGCUGCAAAACGUCUGUGUUCGUAAGGUCAAGGUCGUCAAAAAGCCCAAGACUGAUGCCGCUAAACUUCUUGAACUCCACAACGGCGUAGAAGCCGGCAACGGAGCCGACGAAGCCCCCGAGGCCAAAAACCUCCUCACCGCCCAAGUCGAAGCCUAA